AUGGAUGAGUUCGUUGUUUCAUUUACUCAAGAAGCUUUAUCUCUAGACAGUCUUCAGAAUUCCCAUCCAAUAGUAAUUGAUGCUAUUGAUCCUCAAGAAAUAGAAGCAGCGUUCGAUCUCAUAGUUUAUAAAAAGGGUGCUUCAAUAAUAAAUAUGUUAGCAAACGUUCUUAGUAUGGAAACCGUGCAAAAGGGACUAUCAUCUUACUUGAAGAAAUAUAGUUUUCAGAAUGCUCGUACUGAAGACUUGUGGAAUGAAUUCACUGAAGUCGAUCUCUCACAUAUGAAUGUAUCGCAGAUUAUGGAUACUUGGACACGACAAAAGGGCUAUCCUCUUGUUACUGUUACGCUUGAACAUACUACAGUAAAGGUCAAACAAGAGAGAUUUCUUUUAUUUCCCGAUUCCGGCAAUAUCUCGUCUCCCAAUUCCGACAAUACCUCGUCUUCCGAUAUAUCUCCCUAUGACUACAAGUGGUUUGUUCCGAUCUCGUACGUCACGGAUCUCGGAAACAAACACAGCACUUAUUGGUUAAAUAUGACUGAUGGUGAAUUUGCUUUACCUUCGGAAGCAGAAUGGCUGAAAAUAAAUGUCAAUCAAGCUGGGUUUUACAGAGUUAUGUAUGAUAAUGUCUUAUGGGAAAAGCUGACCAAUGUGCUGCAUUCUAAUCAUAAGAUUUUAACCCCUGCUGAUCGAUCUAAUCUUUUGGACGAUGCUCUGAUACUUUCGAGAGCAGGUAUUUUGGAAGCAGUACUUGCUUUUAACGUGACUCGUUAUUUAGAAAAAGAAGAAAACUAUGCACCUUGGAAAACAGCCAUUUCGCAUUUUGAAAAAUUAGCUGUGCUUAUGCAAGAUAAUCAAGUUCUUCUUUCAUUAUUCCAGAAAUAUGUCGUAAAGUUAUUAAAACCAACCAUCAGUGCCCUAGGAUGGAAAGAUAAAGGAAAUAACGUGCAAAAAAAAUUGCGUUCUGAUAUUUUAACAGCAGCCGUGCUUCACGGGGAUGAACAAACUGUAUGUACAGCGAUGCAGGUAUUUCAAGAUUGGAUGCAGAAUGGUGUAAAAGUUCCCCCGAACCUGCGUAACGCCGUAUAUAAUGCUGGUGUCCAAUAUGGUGGCAGAGAAGAGUGGGAAUUCUGCUGGCAGCAAUACCAACAAACACAAGUUCCUUCUGAAAAAUGGCUGCUUUUAGUUGCUUUGGGAAAAACUCGAGAUCGGUCAUUACUAUCUCUGUAUUUAAAUUAUUCGUUGGACAAAGACAAAAUAAAACCUCAGGAUACAUACUUAGCUGUCUCUUAUGCUGCUGUUAAUCUUAUUGGUCGUUCUUCAACGUGGGCAUUCAUUCGUUCAAAUUGGGUUCUGUUAUUGGAAAAUUUCUCUUUUGCAUUGCCCACCAUUAUAACUGAAGGUAUUUCUUACUUCAGUACGCAAGCGGAUUAUGAUGAGGUAAAGGCUUUCUUCAGUGAAGUAACCGUGGGUGCUGGUGAAAAUGCUUUGAAACAGAGCCUUGAGACUAUAAAAGCUAACAUACAGUGGCGUGAAAACACCGAAGCUUCUGUCACGAAGUGGUUACAAGAAAAUAUAUAAAUGACAGUUUUGCUGUCAGUUACUGAAACAUGAGUGAUAACGAUUACGGAGAGUAAACUUUAAAACCAUGUUUUUAAAGAACCCAUUUGAUAUUUUUGUCACACAUGUAUUCUCUUUUAUAAAUGUAGAGAAUGUUACUUUUCCUAAUUACAUGUAUCACGUGGCACAUUAAAAUAUAUCUACAAUCGGU